AUGGAUGCGAGCUAUAAAGCUCGCAAGGAGGCCUUUGUGUCUAACCUUGCGGGAAGCACAAUCCUCGAGAUCAAUACAGUCACACUCGUUGCUUCAACAUCUGUCCUCCUUUGGUCCGCGCUCCAGUCUCGUUUGUCCUUCUUCACACCCUACGGUCCUGCGGCACUCGCGACCGACUUCAUCCUCAAUGUACUAGCCAUCUUAUUCGCAACGACCGCAUAUUCGUCCGCGCCGCUUCUCCUCAACAUCUUCCUUCUCUCCCCUGCGGUCCUCCUUUUCCUCACCCGAAACGGUCUGCGCAAAUCCCCAAAAGCCAAACCUCCCCGCAAAUCCAAGAAUGAGAAACAGGAACAGCAGGUCUUGCCAAUUCACCCAUUCUUGACCACAUACCGCGCAGCCAUGAUGAUUGUUACCUGCAUAGCCAUUCUCGCAGUCGACUUCCGCGCGUUCCCACGUCGUUUUGCCAAGGUAGAGAACUGGGGAACAUCUCUAAUGGACUUGGGCGUGGGCUCCUUCGUCUUCUCCGCCGGAGUAGUCUCUGCGCGUGCGGUUCUGAAGGGACAAAACAAAGAAUCCCCGAGAUUAGCUUUGCAUAAGAGAUUAAUUGGGUCGGCUCGGCACUCUAUUCCUCUGCUUGUGCUAGGCCUCAUCCGACUGUGGAGUGUCAAAGGAUUGGACUAUGCGGAACAUGUGACGGAAUAUGGUGUACACUGGAACUUUUUUUUCACGCUUGGCUUUUUGCCUCCUUUCGUGGAGCUAUUUGACUCCUUGACUGCAUUGAUCCCCUCCUAUGAGUUGCUUGCACUUGGAAUUGCAGUACUCUACCAAGUCGCUCUGGAGUCAACUGAUCUCAAGGGUUACAUUCUCGUGUCUCCUCGGGGGCCAGAUCUGCUGUCAAAGAACCGCGAGGGGGUCUUUUCUUUCAUUGGAUAUUUUGCGAUAUUCCUCGCUGGACGGGGUGUUGGAGUCCGCAUCAUUCCUCGUGGUACUUCGGCCACAAAAUCGCCCCAGAAGGCGCGAAACUCUGUUCUGAUGCGCCUGGUCAUGCAGGCUUUGUUCUGGUCAAUCAUGUUUUUCUUCAAUUCCACCUACGCAUCCGGCUAUGGUGCCAACAUCCCAGUGUCACGCCGGUUGGCUAACAUGCCGUAUGUGCUUUGGGUGGCAGCAUUCAAUAGUGCCCAACUCUUCCUCUUCUGUCUGACCGAGACUGUGUUCUUCCCCGCGGUCCACCGAGCGACUAACAAGGAAGACGAGGCAGAGCAGACAUCCUUUGCGACUAGUCGGAUUCUACAUGCCUUCAACCGCUGUGGGCUUGCACUGUUCCUAAUCGCGAACGUACUUACUGGCGCAGUGAACCUGAGCAUUCCAACAUUGGAUCUCGACACCCCGCAGGCCAUGGGCAUUCUAGUUGUCUAUGCAGCGGUGCUAACUGGUGCUGCUCUGGGGAUGGACAAGUACAAUAUCAAGUUGAGCCUGUAG